UUGUAGUUUAUUUGCUUUGAAAGUAUCAAAUAGUUAUCAUGUACAUUGUUCAAAUUUUACUUUUACCGGUGCUAAUUUUACAAAUUUGUAAUGCAUUUCCGUAUGCAAAUGAUUUAAUUAUUAAUUUUCUUGGGAACUCAAAUCAAAUGAAAAUAAAUUCUAAAAAUGGAGUGCCUCGUGGGUAUGUAUUAUUUGAAAAUAGUUUUUAUAAAUAUCACCGAGAUCCACAAACUUGGGCAAAAGCACGACAAAUCUGUGAAGUUGAAGGUGGUUAUUUAGCGAUAGUUAAUUCGGAGGAGGAAGCUAAUUUUCUACGUGGAAUGAUGAGUAAAUACCCUGAUGACGUUCUAACCGAUGUUGUACAUAAGAGCUGUGUUUUUCUUGGAUUCCAUGACUAUUUUAAAGAAGGAGAAUUUGUUACAAUUGAUGGAAAGUCUUUAGAAAGUUCUGGUUACAUGCAUUGGGCAGCUGGUCAACCUGAUAAUGCUGGAGGAAAAGAAAAUUGUGGAGCAUUAUUACGUAAUGGUCGUUUAUUUGAUUUGCCAUGUGGAGAUAAAAUACCUUUUAUUUGUGAAAUUUCUACAGACACGCUUUGCACCAUGACUGCUGUAGAGACUAACAACCAAUCAAAUCCAGAUCAAAGCCAAACAGUUCCAGUUUUUGAUGUCCGCUCGAGUGCACGAGAUGAUUAAUUUAUCACCACAUCGUUCCAUCGAUAACCCGUAGAUAGUUUUUAACUUUAUGCAUCAAAAAUUAUUAAUUCUUAUGAAAUAUUUAGUCCCCGAGACGGUAUGAGGCCGAUCUUUGCGCAUCUGAUAACCAGAUGAGACAUGACCAGACUCGUGUCAUAGCUUUUCUACCGAAAAGUCUUUAUGGCUAUUGUUCAUUAAAUUUUAAUUAAGUUUUUCCAUGAACGGCUUUUCCCAAACAAGCCUAUCCCAUUAUUUUUGUAAUUAAAUUAUCUUUUUUCUGAUUUUAAUUUUGGUUGACAGAUCGGUGUAGUUACCUUUCUUGACUUACCCGUUCAUAUAGUAUGAACAGAUCUACACCGAUCUGUUAACCAAUCGAAAUUGGUAACAGUAGAAAUAUAAUUUACCUAAUUACGAAAAAAAUGGUGUAGGAUUUCCUGAAAAAAACCGUUCAUGGAAAAAAUUUCAAUGUAAAUAUGUCUCAUCUGGUUAUCAGAUGGGUGAAGUAAGACCUCAUCUACUGCACUAUAUUUAUAAUACCCAAAAUAUUGAAGUAAUAAUAAUAAUUUUUU